UUAGGAUGGAGUUACUGUAUAACUUUGCAAUUGCGGUUCAAAGUUUAGUCAGAUGGCGUAAAUUAAUUAUUUGUAAUUUAUCACGCUGUGCAUACAAACGUUAAUAUUUUGUUAAUAAUAAAGAAAUAUAUUUGAACAAUUUUUAAUAAUAGUGAAAAAAUAAGUAAAUAAAUAAAAAUGAGGUACGGACAAUUGGUUAUGGGACCGGCAGGCUCUGGCAAGUCAACAUACUGUCAAGCGAUGCAAAAACACGCUGCUGAUGAAAACAAAACAAUCCACGUGGUUAACUUAGAUCCGGCAGCUGAAUAUUUUGAUUAUGAACCACUUGUCGACAUUAGAGAGCUGAUAAGUGUUGAUGAUGCUAUGGAAGAUGAAGAAUUUAAAUUUGGUCCUAAUGGUGGACUUAUUUUUUGUAUGGAAUAUUUAGUCGAAAAUUCACAAUGGUUAGCUGACGAAUUAGGUGAUAUUGAUGGUGACUACAUAAUAUUCGAUUGUCCAGGACAACUAGAGCUCUACAGUCACAUGUCAGUCAUCAAAAAAUUGAUCGGGAUGUUAGAAGCGAUAAACUUUCGACUCUGUGGAAUAUUUCUCCUCGACAGCCAGUUUAUGGUGGAUUCAGCUAAAUUUUUGUCUGGCACUAUGGCAGCACUCAGCGUGAUGGUAAACCUCGAGAUUCCUCACUUAAGUAUUCUCAGUAAAACGGAUUUGCUGUCAAAGAAAGACAAGAAACAGCUGGACAGAUAUUUAGAACCAGAUCCAUAUUUUCUUCUCGCUGACAUGGAAGAGGAUUCUUGGAACCAAAAGUAUUGUCGUCUCACAAAUGCCAUCGGUGAGCUCAUUGAUAGCUAUAGUCUAGUAAGAUUUAUUCCUCUGGACAUCACCGAUGACGAAAGUAUUUCAGACGUCAGAAUUACUAUUGACAACGCCAUACAGUUUGGCGAGGAUGAGGAUGUUAAAACCCAAGAUUUCGGUCCACAAGAUGAAGAAAAUGAAGAUGAUUAAUUUUUGUAUUUUUUAUAUUUAAAUAAAUAAUUAUUUUUGCUAGCAAAA